AUGUCAAAGCACGGUUCAUUGUUCUGGAUGAGUAUCCUCGGUUCUAAGACCAUUGUUUUGACAGACCAGGAAGUGAACAUUGAGAUUUUCAAACAAGAUAACAAUGACAUCAAACCUGAAAGUAAGAGCAAACUUAUAGAAAACUUAAGAGAUUUCAGCCUUUAUUUGGUUAGGUCUCCUUCUGAUUCUUCUUUUUGGAAGGCUCUUUACAUUGAUCUUCUGGCAUGUAAAAAUGCGAUGAAGAUGAUAAAGGGAAUGUUUAAAGAGAGGCGAGAAAGAGAAACACCUGAUGAAUUAAUAUAUGGACCUCAUGGAGUCAUGGAGAUAAUGAUAGAUAAGGUGGAGAAAGAAGGCGAGUACUUGUAA